UUGAAGAAGAGGAGGCAGAUAACUGACCAGCUUGUUGUAAGAUGACCUUUAUUCCUGCUUGAAGCUGCUGUCCAGAAAACAAACAGUAGAAGAAUGUGGAAGAAUUCAAGCAUUCGCUGCCUUUUCGCAAUAGCUAUUUUAUGUUUAAGAAGCUUAAUAUACGGCCAAGAGACAGGAUCUCUGGGGCACCCCCAGAAUUUGAAAUGUAUAACGCACAAUUUACGUAAAAUGAUCUGUACUUGGGAUGUCUCUUCUAAAGGAAGACAUGGACAAACUGACAUUUGCUACACUACCAAUGACCUCCCCCCUCCAGUGUGUUUUAAAACUAAGGAGAAAAAGGUCGAGAUUCCAGUCCCAGAGAGCUCCAGCACAAUGACAAUAACCACAAACAGCAUUUCUGGAACUCCUUUUGUUACCAAAGAAUUUGAAAUUCACAAGAAAGACAUCUCGUUUGUUCCUCUCACUCCACGCAUUCUUAGUUUAACACCUGACUUUUCAACUUCCACAUUAAAUCUGAAGUGGAGUGACAAUGGAUCAGUCUUCCUAUACGGACUGGAUGCGUUUUGGCAGAUUCAGAUACUCCGUAAAGAAGCAAUGGAAAAAGUUACACAAGUAACUUACUAUUCAAAACUGAGUCAUGAAGACAUGAUUCUUUCUUGGAACUGGACAUCAGAUAUGCCAUUAGAGUGUACAUCGCACUAUGUGAAGAUUCGCUGUUAUAUUAAUGUAACACAGUUUGUUGGCCCCAAGGAUUGGAGUGACUGGAGCCCAAUAGAAGAGAUCCCUGGAAAAGAUACUGAGCCAAAUGGGAGUGGAGUAUAUCCUCAGGACACUGUGGUGGCAGUAGGUUCAGAUGUGACAAUUUGUUGUGUUCAUGAAAAAGGACAGCAGAUACAACGGAUGACAUAUGGACCAGAAAUAUACCCAAUGAUACGUCUGAGCAGUCGGAGCAGUGCAAUCAGAGUGUUGAAUGCCAGUGCUUCAGAUACCAGUGGGACAAAUGUGGUGUGCAGACUGUCUGAAGAUGACAUGGAUGGAACUGUCUUGUUCGUAGGGUAUGCCCCUGAUACUCCCCAAAACCUCAGCUGUGAAACAUCUAACUUCCUGAAAAUAAAAUGUACCUGGAAACCAGGCAGACCUAGUGGACUAUACGGAAAGCGAAGAACCAAGUACAGUUUAUUUGAAAGAAUAUCUGGUAAAAAUGUCUCAUGUGAAGUCAAUGAAAUGAACAGAGAGCGUGUCUGUGGCUUUCCAGUACUGGCUGAUCAAAAAACCUAUGAUUUUGUAUUAGGUGUCUCCAAUCCUAUUGGGCAAACAGAGUCAUUGCUUUUGGUUGAUUUAACUCAAAAAGUUCAUCCAAAAGCUCCGGAAAAGUUAACUGUUUCUGGGAACAGCUCUACAAGUGUCCAUCUGCAUUGGUUUAUAAAUGGCAGCUUUGCUGAGAUCAGGCUUCUGUGUCAAAUUGAAGUUAGCUGUGGUCACUCUGAGCGAAGAUUGCACAACGUCUCCAUGCCUGGUGGAGAAUUCUCAACUUACACAGCUCAGCUGAACGCAUUGCAUGCAUAUACCAAAUACCAGUUCAGGGUGCGGUGUUCGGCUGCUGACCACUUCUGGCGGUGGAGUGACUGGAGCAGGAUAGAGGAGCAUACAACACUGGAAGCCCCUCCUGCAAGAGGGCCAGAUAUCUGGAGAGAGAAAAGUCCUUCUGGAAAAAGUCUAAAAAUCUUUUGGAAGCCUUUAUCCCUUUCUGAAGCCAAUGGAAAAAUAGUGUCUCAUGAAGUGUCCUGCUACCUGCUAGAGACACCACUGGAGCAUAAAGAAGUCACUGAACCCUCAAAUAGUACUGAGAUAAAACUUGGGACAAGUGACUGUAUAAUUAGUGUUGUAGCCAAAAACCAUGCAGGCUCAUCACCUCCUUCGAGGAUAACAAGUGUGGAACUUCCAAGUGACAAUGUCAAAACAGAUCGGGCUGUGGCAAUGGGGAAUGGAAUUUAUAUUUCUUGGAAUUCUUACCCCAACAUGACCUGUGGCUACAUAGUAAAAUGGUGUCAUUCAUCUGGGUCUGAACCCUGUAGUGUGGACUGGCAGAAAUUUCCUUCAAAUACAACAGAUGCAGUGAUAAAGUCUGCUCUGUUUAGACCUGGUGUGAGAUACAACUUUUCACUAUAUGGCUGCAAAUCCAGUGGAUAUCAGUUAUUGAAAAACAUAACUGGGUAUAUAAAAGAGCUCCCUCCAAAACGUGCACCAAAUUUUACUGUAGAAGAAACUUCUUCAGAUUCUAUACUGGUAAAAUGGGAAGACAUUCCUAUUGAAGAUUGUCAGGGUUUUUUAGAGGGAUAUCGACUUUCCUUUGCAAAAGGUGAAAAAGAUGCUUUAAAGCCUACACUUUCAGAAUCAGGGAAUCCAGAACUUAAAGUUAAGAAUAUCACUGACUUAACAAAGAAGUCUUUGAAAAUACUUGAUCUUCAAGGCAAAACAAGUUACCAACUGGACCUACAAGCCUACACUGCUGGUGGGUUGAGCCCUCCAAACAGCCUCUAUGUGGUGACAAAGGAGGACUCUGUAGGAUUAAUCAUUGCAAUUCUCAUCCCUGUGGCAGUGGUUGUGCUGCUUGGAGUGGUGGCCAGCAUCUUCUGCUAUCGAAAGAGGGAAUGGAUUAAAGAAACAUUUUAUCCAGAGAUCCCAAAUCCUGAGAACAGUAAGGCACUGCAGUUUCAGAAGAACAUCUGUGAGGGGAAUAAGACACUUAAAACACUGGAAAUGAACCCAUGCACCCCCAAUAGUGUUGAAGUGGUAGAAACCCGGUCUUCAGCUCCCAAGAUUGAAGACACAGAGAUGAUGUCCCCAGCAGCAGACACCACUGUGCCUGAAGAUGGCUCUGACUCAGAAACGGAGAACCACGUGGUUGUGUCCUACUGCCCCCCUAUCAUUGAAGAGGAGAUCUCAAGUCCCCCGAUGGAUGAACCUGUGGGGUCAUCUCAGGUGGUUUACAUUGAUAUCCAGUCAAUGUAUCAGCCUCAGAUUAAACCAGAGGAGGAGCCAGAAAUAGUGACUACAGCAGGCUAUAAGCCACAAAUGCAGCUGCCUGUCAGUGCUCUGAAAAUAGAGAGUUGCUCACCUGCAGAGGAAGAGUUGGAUAAAACUGCAGGUUACAGACCUCAAGCAAACACAAAUGCCUGGAACAUGGACACUCCAGACUCUCCUGGAUCGGCUGAAAGCAACAAUGAAAAUGCAUCUUUUGGGAGCCCAUGCUCCAUUAAUUCUCGACAGUUUCUGCUUCCCCCAAAAGAUGAUGAAGACUCUCCCAAACCCAGUAAUAUAGGGUGGUCCUUUACACACUUUUUUCAGAACAAACCAAAUGAUUAACAGUAAGUCCUCAUUGCACCUGAACCUGCCUUCUAAAUAAGCUCUUAUGUUGUAAAGAAAGUAAGAAGAAAAGUGCAAAAGGCAUGAAUUAUUCUUGGAGACAGUCAGCAGAGGUUCUAGUGAGCUGAAUGCUACCAUGUUUAACUUAGUGAAAGUGUUAAUAUUCCAUUUUAAUAGAGGCCAAGAGGCCAAAAUUAUAGCAAUUUAGUUAUUACUCUAGUAAAAUAUAUUGGAUAUAAAGGGUAUUGAGUUUAGAGCUCCUGAUAAUCGUAGUCUGAGAACUCUGCCUGCCUUCACAUAGUGCUCCAAGAUUAAUAUGAUCUCAUGCAAUUUAUAACUUGGAAAGAUUGCUUUGCUUUGUUGUAGUUGUUUUCAACUGUGCAUACUCAAAUGAUGCAGCCCCAACAGAUUUCCUUACUGAAAGUUUCAUUUAUAACAAACCUCAACACAUUGAAAUGAUGUGGUUGGAAACUCUUGAGAUCUUUUGCCUAGUUAUAAACUAAGAACAAAUGAGAGUGCUAUUUUUUUUUCUCUUCCCAUACAAAGGGUAUUGUCACUGUUUAACACUUCUGAAGCAAUGGCCAUUCAAAUCUGUUGCUUUUUAACUAGACACUAGCUUCUGUACCUACUGUACAAUGUUUAUUCAAUGUUUGACUCAGGGGUACAAACUUGGGGAAAAAAGUAUAACACUGAUUUAAACCUCAACAAGAACUGCAUAAAGUUUAAAACUUUUUUUUUUUUAACUUAGGAUGCUCUAUAUUUUUUCUAUCCUUUGGUUAAGGAAUUAAUCUUUCCUAAUGUAUUGCACUAAUGCAUUUUGUAUUUCAUAGCUUUAGCUCCACAUCUCCUGCAUCAGAGUGUUACAAUGCUCCAUUCACCCCUGGUGUUCAGCAGUCUUUGCACUAUACGGUAAUAUAAGCCACGGGAAAACCCCUGUCAACUCGCAUUAGUUGUCCAAGCAGUUUGGCACGUGAAAUUAGAGGUAGUAGUACUAGCUCCCUGAGAACAAAUUGCUCUUUGGAUGGUCUUUAUUGUAUUAGCUUUGCCACCUGCUGCCUGGCUGUUCUCCAGGGUCUACCCAAUGGGACAUUCUCUGCAGAUUCUACCUGGGAGUACAAGGUGAAAUUUCUCUAGUGACAGGGAAAAAUCCUGGGAGGUUUUAGUGCCUUUGUUUCUACCUCUCCUUUACCAGACUCAUAAUACAAAGAAAGCUUAAAUGAUAUACAUUUGUGCAAGGAAUGCCCAGAACAAUCAUCUUUGAAAAUGCUUGUUUUCAGAUCCAUCUCUAGGCAGCUGUAACAUUUCACUGUGUAAGCUUCAGACUGUGGCAGACAUGAAUUUCACUAGCUUAAAGGAGAAAGUGCUUUUUAGUUUAUCUGUUCCUUACUAUAAAACACUGUGGUGAGGGGUCACAAGUUAAAAGAGCUUGAUCUAGAAGGGUGUCUGUAAAGUCCUAACUGAAUUUUUUUUUUUAGAUUUCAAUUUCCUUAACUACUUUGUGAUUUUUUUUUUAAUAAAUAAGGGGGGAGUGGUCUUCUAAACAAGAUCCCAAAACAGACAAGGAGGCCGAAUAAGGAUAAGCCUCCAAUAAGGAGGCUAUGAUGCUAGUUGUAAAGGUGUGAGAGAAGACCAGGAGGAUGGCUAGCAUGGCAGUCAUUUGGUCUCCAAACCAUGUGAUCUGGCCAUCAGAAUAAAACCAAGCAUUAGGUUAAACCUAAUUGCAGCAAUGGAUGGUACAGUUUCAGAUGUUGGUAUAUCUCUGACAUCUCUGUAGAAUGAAAAUACAGAGGGAUUUAAAAACUGAUAAAAAAGCAAAACAUUAAAUAACACUGAAAUCAUCAUCAGUAAAAACUUCCUCUGCGUGCCUCCUGGAUGAGUGUACUGUGAAGAAAGUAAAAUUAAUAUCUGUCUGCAGACCUGACAAGAGUGCAAGGUCUGUCUGAAAGAACAGAAAGUACAGCUAGGAUUCUGCUUUUGAGGUUGAAUCUUGGAAUUAGCAGAGCAGCAGGUGCAGAGACAGGCAGGCAGUGCAAAGAGCUGGUAUCUAUCUCUCAACAGACAUCACUGGUGAUGAGAAAGUUUCAUGCCUAAUCUAUUACUGCUUAGAACACUAAACUAAUACAUAAAAGGAAGCAGUCCUGCCCUUUGUGCUUGAUAGCUGAGAGGUGGCUAAAUCCUAGUAGUAACAACCCUUUCUCACACUCUCUUUUCGAGCUGAUUUCUUUUUACUAAUGCAGAUUUGGUUUAACGUGUUUACCUCCUAAGAUGAAUUUUAGAUUGUGCUGCCAUAUGCUUUUAACUGAAAGCAGAAGAUGUCACAGACAGUGUGUAUGAGUAGUACUUUAGGUUUCUUAUGGAGCAGUUUCUCAGUACAGAGGAACAAUCAGUAUUGUAUGGUGAUCCAAACAAAAAAACCCUUUUGUAGUGGAACAGCUGAUCAUGAAAAAUAACUGUGUUUUCAUAUGGCUGUGUAUUGCAAGAAACACAACCAAACUGAAGUUUCAGAGUGCUAGCAAUUUUUAAUUUGGCAGACUGGAAGCCAGGGCGCGCACACAGAGUUUGCAGGGGGCAGCCUAACACCCUUCACAGUGUUCCCAUGGUGAAUCACUUAAACACAAGCAUCACAUACUCAGGUUUUACUUUGUGCGGAUGUUCCUGUUCGGUAAAGGUAUCAGCAUUUUGUGCUGCUUCGUUAAUUUCUUAGUGGUUAGGUAAGGAAAAGGUUCACAAAUAAAAGGUCUGCCUUGAUGCUAUCAAAGCAUUGUCAUCUAAUUACCCAGCACUUUUUUAAAAAACUUUGACUAUAUAUCCUAUUUGACUUCCAGGAUGUAGGGCAGAAGAGUCCUGUUAAUAGAAAUGGCUUACCAUAUGCAUUGUCUUGUGUCAGUAGCAGAAGAGUGGGGGAGAUGGGGGAGAGACACAGGCUUGUGCAGUAUAUGUAGCAUCAUUUACUGUCCUUAAUGGUUAUAAUCCAGUAAGUAGUUUUCAUUCCAGCACUUAAAAGCUCAGCUGCUUCACCUCUGUGGUUUUCUUUGAGCCUAUUUAGUUGGUAGACUCCUUUCAAAUGCCUAUCUUAAAUCUUCAGUAGUGAAUGCAAAUACCAGAUAGGCAGUGAGAGGUUGUGUGCUAAUUUAGUGAUCAUGUGAAGACACCCCUAGGUGCAUGGAGCAGGGAGAGUGGCAGGGACCAUCAGGAAACAGGCUUGCUUUCUGAGCCCAAGUGCCUUGUUAAACCAGUGAAGCUUCUUUAGGAAAGUCUUUGUACCAAAUUCACUUUCAAAUCACGGUGCUGUUUAGCUUCUAACUGCAUUAAUAACAAUUUUAAGACUAAAACUUUGGGCUUCAGAGGGGAUCAGGCUCCUUGCACUUGUGCCUUCGGGCUUCCUGGUGAGCCUUUUCAGUCAAAUUACUUCUGAAAAAUGUCUUGGAAAACUUAAAAAUACUGCAUUUCCUAACCAUCAUUUUCUGAAAGAUCUUAUUUCUUUAUUGAACACCUAUUUUGUUUUACUUCUUUUGGCUUUUGGGGUUUUUUUUUAGAAGACUAGAAAGUUCAGCUUCUUAAAAAACCAUAACAAAACAAAAAAACAACUUCCAGAAGGGAUAUGACCAGAAGGGAUUGUGUCCAAAACACUGUUACUCCUAAGUUAGUGCUUCAAUCCUCCAGUUGGAUCAGUGUUUAGAGAUGUAGGGUGUUAAUGCCAAGUAAUUUCUUUCUGAAGCAAAUCAUCGGUGCUGCUUGUUUUUGAGCCAUGCCUGUCAUAUGUGACAAUUUGGUGUUUGUAAUGGGGUUUUGUACUGUUCACUGUAUGUGUGGAACAUCAGUCAUGUUUGAUGUAACAUCAUGCACUCUCCUAUUUGACACAUUCAUUAUUUUUGUUGUUCUGACAUGCAGGGGGAUCUGAGAUCUUAGAUUUGUAUGUUAAAUUUUGGAAUGGUAGAUCUGCAUGUGAUAUACCUCACAGAACUAUUUGUUAAUCAGCAAAAGAGUAAGCUAAUACUACAGGCAGGUGGUGAAUUACCUCCCCUGCUAUGCAAUGGCUGCAUAGGCAGACCUAAGACCCAAUGACUGACAUUUGCUGUGGUAGCUGUCUUUAUUAUCUGUAGUUGCUGCUUUCAUGGGUGAACCAUUUCCAAAGGGAACCAGUAGCCGUGUUGUCCGCCAUGGCACAAUUGGCAAAUGUGCUGUGCGUCUUCAUCUUUGGUUUAUGUAGGGGACCAGAGCUUUUCUCUGCUGGGAACACGGCAGCAGCAAGCUCCUGCUGACCUUGAGUUUCAGGCUGCUCUGAAGAGGCACGUUCAAGCCACCUUUUUUUUUUCUUUUUUUUUGCUACAUUCAGCUGAGUAAAGCUUAGGGCUGUGGUGUCCUCUGUGAUCUUGUCCUCCAGGACACUCAGCUGAACAUGAACAGCAGCAGAAAUGAAGGUAGUUGGAUACAUUGGAGACAGAAGGUGUUUAAACACCACUUUGAAAAGGCAAUGAGAAAUCAUGUGCUCUAUUUUUAGACAAAUACUGCUUUGUAAAUAGAAUAUUUGUAUACCUACAAGUAGAUAGAAAUGCAGUGAAAGAAUUUGAAAUACAUAAGAAAAAUGUAACAUUUAAAGCAUCAGAUUGCUAACAAGGUUCCAUGUACCAUAAAUCUAUCAAGAGCUUCCCAUGUAAAUAGCAUCUUCUGUUCUGCCACAGACUUUGAUGAAGACUUCAGUGCAAAUGGCAUUAAUAUUUUUAACACUAAGGAAAGUCCUAACCCGCACAUACAUGCUUACAUCAUUGUGUACCUAGGUGCAUAUUACAGUGGAAGUUGGCUUGCAAUUCCCAAAGCAAUUUUUUUCAGAGCCCUGUACUUGACUGUAUGCCUUCUGAGAUGCAGUUCCGUCUAGAGGAGACAACUGCCAUCUGCACUCCUCCCAGCACAGUACAUGGGAGUUUGUGCUGCUGUGCAUUAAGUGGUGCUCUGUGCAGCUGAUGCUCAGAGAUGCUGCUGGCAGUUUGCAAGAUCUGUUGUUGGCUUCUUCUUUGCCUUUUCCUUAGCAAGCCUGGAAACAGUCCCAGACCCCAAAUGCCAGACAUGGAUUCAGAAAUGUUGGCAUGUUUAAAAACUAAUUUCCUCAUGCUUAGGCCUGUCUUAAAUUUUUAAAUAUCUCCUUAGAAGCUGGAAAACAGUUUCUUCCAUAACAAUUUUCUUUCCUCCUCAUUUAUAUAACUCUGGAUUUUCCCCAGUGUUUCUAAGAUAGCCAGUGUUUGUUUCCUUUUUGCAUGUUAUGCAAACAAACCUCAGAUGAUAUUGGCAGGGGUUUCUGUAACUUUAAAAGUUGUCCCAGGGUGCAUGACAAUAUUUUUUCCCCACGAAAACGUCUGUUAAUUCCUUCUGCUUUUAGAACCAAAAAGUCUUCAGAAGACACUUGUAUUUCGAGAGCGGGUUCUCAUGCAGGUGAAGUUCUCUAACAGGGUGCUGCAUGAGAGGAUGGGGUUAAUCCCUCUCCAGUCUCACCCUCUCUUUGUGCUAGUGCUCCCCGGGUGACUCAGUGGUGCAGCAGAGCAGAUGACAUCCUUAUUUUUUAAGGAGAUACCCAGCAAAAUCUCUUGGUAGGUUUUUGGCCUUUUGCAAAUCAGCACUUCAACUGUUGUUAACAUGAAAGCAAGCUCCUGUGGAAGUGUAUGCACAACUUCCAUGAGAGGGUUCAAUACCUUUGCAACUCAUUUGGCCUCAUGUUGAGUAAAAUGUAGUAAGUAAAACUUACCCAGGGACAAAGCAAAAAAUGAAAUGUUCUUUUUUUCAUCAUUGGGGAUGAGAAAAAUUUUUUAAAACUAGCUUAAGCAGGGCACAUUAACAUAGAAACUGUCAAGGUCUCACACUUUUUAGUAGUAAUACAAUAAAAAAAAGAAUCCUUGAACAUCACUUUGUCAGUGUUUCCUUAGUGUGAUUCAAGAGUGGCUUAGGAUGAAUAAUAUAUGCUUCAAGUUUGUAAAGUUUUUAAAGCAGGGGAUAGCAAAAAAAAGUUUUUAAAGCAGGGGAUAGCAAAAAAAAGUUUGUAAAGCAGGGGAUAGCAAAAAAAGAAGAUAACUGAAUCGACUUGUGUCUGAAAUACUACUCGAAAGUAACACUAAUUUGAACUGUGAUCCUGUUGUGGCACACAGAACAGCAGAGCUGGUGGAGUCAUACCGAUCACCUGAAAAAAACCCAAUGUUGUAUUAUAAUGCUGUAACUUUAAAAAAAUAUACUGUGAACAGGUUCAAUGUUUUUUUAGCUCUUUUUAUACCAUAUUUUUUGCAACAUAAAUAAUUUGUUUAGAGAUCUCGUUAUGUUCUUUUUUUACAAAGAUUUUAAUGACUUUUGUUUAAUACUAGUGAAAAUAUUGUUUGCCAAUUUGAAAUAGUUGUCUAUAGAAAUAAAUUCUGAGAAUCAAUCAAUAAAACUGACAAAAUAGUCUUCCUAACGCACUAAAUCUAAUCAAUUAUUUAAUGUUAUUUCUGUUGCUAAAUGACACUGAAUUUUUCCAGCUUCCAAAUCAGCUAUUGAAAAAAUAUUUCUUUCACAAUUUAAACAAAAUCAUCACAAGGCACUUUAAUGAAUUUGUAGCAUACCAAGUAAAAUACUGAUUCAACUAAGUGUAUCAACAUGAAAAUUUAUUAGCUAAGCAGUUAAACAAAUGCAUGCUUGAAAAAAGGAAGUGUGGGAUCAUGUUGGGGAAAUAAUAUUCCAGUGUGGCAGAUGACAUUUAAGACUAACCUAACUAAGAUACCAACUUUGCAUAAGUUUUAAACUUAGUUUGCUUGGCUGUUGUAACUCGUGUUGUAUUGCUUGGGUGUCUAAAACUACGCAUGUAUUUAACAAUUUUACCAUAGUAUUGCCAUGGAAUUUAAUAAAUAUAUUUUCUUACACUCUUA